UGAGGCAACAUUAUUACAGGGGAUUCUCCAGUCAGAGUUGGUCCGACUCGCUAUCCGAUAGCUCGCAAAAGUUCAAGGUGACCAGCUCGAGUUGCAGCAGGUCCAAUGUGAAGCUGACCAAUCAGAGGCUGGGGGUGUGAGGCUGCUUUGUGAUUGGCGGCGGGGGAAGGAUCAUCUCCAGGUGACCGUCGUGGAGUGGGGGGAAGAUCCCUGACGGGGGGAUUAAACCGAGCCGCGAGGCAGGAGACAGUGGAAAGUCACCGGAGUUUGAAGGCGGAUGAGAGGCCGAAGCCGGAGUGAAGUGGGGGCUGGGAGAAAGCGAGAGGGAUCGAGUGAAGAGGAAUCACCGAGCAGAUCCUAUCGUAGGGUGUGGUAACCUGACUCUCGGUGACAGCCGAUUCUCCAGCUACGGCCCCAGGCAGCAGCGAUUCCUGAUUCGGUGCCCCUCCCUGUCUCUCUCUCACACACACACACGGGGAGAGAGAGUGUACACUACCCGGGCUGUUCCAUGCAGCGUUUCCAAGGCUCCCUGCGCUCGGUGUUUAGCACACUCCUUUUGGUUCUGGUUAUGGGCCUGUUAUUAUAUCCAGGGCUAAAGAAUGUUGCUGUAUACUUGUUCUCAGCCAUUACUGGAAACUAUAUUUCUGGAACGCAUUCUGUAGUUUUUCUCAGCUGUCCCAAUGAACAAGUUGGCAAAGUUAUUGCAAGGACCAUUGUGGAGAAGAAGCUGGCUUCUUGCGUGAGCAUUUUACCAAAGGUGUUUUCCAUAUAUAAUUGGGACAGUGAAAUAACAGAAACUACUGAAGUUCUGAUGGUAUUAAAAACAAGAACCUCAAAAAUCCACAGACUCUCCGAAUUUAUCAGAUCAGUUCAUCCUUUUGAAGUUCCUGAGGUCAUAAGCAUUUUGGUGGAUCAAGGCAAUCCUUUAUACUUGAAAUGGAUAGAAGAAACCGUGCCUGAAGAUUGAUUGAUUGAUUGAUUGAUUGAUUUUUACUCACAGCCUUAAAAACAAACUAGUUAGGCGUGGAAAAUUACAGGAGUACGUGGAUGGCUUGCCUCUCGGAGAGAAAGUCGAUGUGGUCAGCUGAUUGGCUAUAUAGAAGCCCCAUCAAAUGCUAUGGGUAGUUGAACACAGCUCGUUCUGCCCCUGUUAUUGAGGACACCCCCACCCACCCAAACAAAAGGUGCCAACAGGUCCCUGACAUAAAUCCAUGAAAGCCAGUAUUCUGUCACCAAGUCACCUUUCACUUACACAUGCAUAGUACAUAACACUGACCCAGGUAGCACAGAGCCAGCUUCUAGAGUCAACAGAACCCCUGACCCUCUUGUUCUUAUCAAUCAGCCAGGGCUCCCUGAUUGGGGCUGUAAACCUGGUCCAAUCAGGGAACUCAUUUUCAAUGAAUCUAUGUGGCUGACCAUAUUCCAAUCACUAUAUCCUUCCCCCUAACUCCUGGGAUGUAGGCCUGUAGGCAUGUGCCCAGAGCGUCUCAGCGGAAACUCCUCAUCACCAGGUGGUAACAGUGUCAAGGCUGUGAUAUCUACCACGUGAAUCUUGUCCUCAGAGGUUUCGUCAACACAAGGUGGAGGGGGAGAGCCCAUGAGUUCUGACAGCCUUCUGGAUGUUCAGAGGGGCCAGGUAUGUUUUGUUUCUGGCCUGUUUGUGAGGUUGCAGCUUUCAUGUAGCUCAUGCGCUUGUUCAGGACCACCUCAACUACCCGAACUUUGUAUGUCACAGGAACUUGCAUCACCCAUGCCUCUUACCCAUGCAGGCCAAUCCCAUGAUUUUGACAUCAAAUUUUGCACCCUGAAGUAAACUGCCUGUCUUGCUUAGAGGAGUUCUGUGGAUGGCAUUGGCAUUCCUGAUGCCAUUUCAUUUCCCCCUCCCUGUCCCCGGGUGUAGGAAGAUCAGUUUAACCUGAUGCGAAGUCUUAUCCCCAUCAGCAACUCUGGAGCUGUCCUUGUCGUUGCAUGACGGGUGAUCCUAUAAUUAAGCAGGAAAUGGGACAGUUUGGUAUCAAGUGAAGCUGUAGGCUUUCUUUAAGCGUUUGGACUGCUCUUUCCACCAGACUAUUGGACGAUGGAUGGUAUGGAACUCUUCUUAUUUGAAGUCCGUUUGACUUUAGGAAAUAGUCAAGUUCCCUGCUGGUACUCGAACUGCCGAGUAAAGUGGGUAGCGUUUCGGAAUUAGAAGCGGCUUGGGAUCGUAAUACUCCUUAGCUAAAACCUCUUGCAAGACUUUUAGUAUCUGGUAUCUCGGGGAAAGUUAAGCUUCUAAUAACUGAAAAAGCUGUGGAUCCACAAGCUGUCAGGAGAAUUACUCACUGCUUUUUGUCUGCCCCAAUGCCAUUUGCCCAGAAAAAGUAAUGCAUUCUU